GUUGAAUUGUACGUCCAAGAUAGCUUAUUGCGGAAAUUAUCGUGAUGGCCACGACCGACAACAAGAUCCAUGUUGCUCUUGUAGGAGGGGGAACUAUUGCCCCCCUGCACGCAGAGUAUUUACUCUCUUCGUCCACCUGCCUGCUAACCGCUAUCAUCGACCCCUUUCCCCCAGGCCAGAAGCUGGUAGCACAGCUAUCAAUUCCAUACUUCGAUUCCUUGCAAUCUCUUCUCUCGUCAGAGACCCCAAACCCCGAAGCAUAUAUCAUCUGCGUGCCCUCAAGCCUACACAUACAAGUGGCCACCGAUGUGAUCACAAAUGGAAACCCCAAGGCCAUACUGAUCGAAAAGCCCUUCUGCACCGACUCAAAGUCAGGCUGCCAUCUGCUCGAGCUAGCAACAGCAAAAUCCUGCCAGGUUCUCGUCGGUCACCACCGUCGCUUCCACCCUUCCCUAGCGGCAGCGCGCGACGCCAUCGACAGCGGAAAACUCGGCCAAAUCACCGCGAUCACAGGAACUUGGACGGCAAAGAAGACAGGCGGAUACUACUCCUUUGCCGACUGGCGCUCCUCACGAUCCGCCGGUGGAGGUCCGGUAUGGACAAACUUUGUGCAUGAUAUCGAUGUUCUUCACUAUAUAACGGGCUCGAGGGUUACCCGGCUAUGGGCUACUCCCACAGUCCGACGUCGAGAGAAUCAGGCUGUGCCGCCAGAAGAUCUUGUCGAGGAGGGCUCAGCGAUAAUGCUGCAGUUCGCGAAUGGAGUGGUUGGGACAUUCAUCGUGAGCGACAAUGUGGCUAGUCCUUUUGGGUGGGAGGCAGCCACGGGCGAUAACCCCUUGUAUCCCCCGGCUCCUGUAGCUGUUGAUUCCUAUCGCAUUUUCGGAACUCGCGGGACACUAACUGAGCCAGACGGCGUACUUUGGACUUAUGACCCGGUGGAUGCCAGGAGGCUGGGACUGGAGGUGGGAUGGAAUGUGCCAAUUCGGCGAGAGGUAUUACAGGCCAGCGAGGGCAUUCCAUUCCAGCUCCAGACGGAACAUCUCGCGAGAGUGAUCAAGAAUGGCGAACGGCCAAGGUGUGCUGGGGAAGAUGGUCUAGCAGCUGCGAUGGCUUUCCUGUAG